GCGGCGGGCGGCGAUUGUGCGAGGUGCGUGAAGCCUCGCCGCCUCCUGCUCCGGGACGCGGACGCUGGCGCGCGCGGACUUUCCCCGAAGCGGCCGAGCCCGCCUCUGUUGACAGCAUUUCAGAAGGCGCCAACUUUCUCUGUGGACCCAUUCAUCAAAAGAAAUAAUGCUUGUAUUAUUUUUAAAAGAUUUCUACUUCGUCAGAGGGAAGUUCACCCCGCCAAGAUGGAAAUGAAUACAUACAAGAGGGUGAUUUAAGGUGUGACCAUUUGUGGUGUCCCAUCAAUCCCUGAAGGAAUAGAUUAUCUGAAACUACUUUUAAUCAGGAAGAUUUUAUAUCUUGACACAAAGCGACUGUAUUCAGUUUGUAUUUUCUGAAAUGAAAAGCAAAAGUCAAGAACAGAUUUAAAUGAAGAUGUUUCAUAAAUAAUCAGUAUCAACUCUCUUCUUAAGAUGAUAAUGUUGAUGUGAAGUUACAGAUCUGGCUGUGCUCCCAAGACAAGAUUCUUGAUGGAACUGAUGGUGAGAGCAAUAGGGCCUUUUGUGCAUUCAUCUCACGGCGACAGAAUUUGUCAUCCCUGCCAGCUUUCAUCUAAUUUGGGAAGUACAGUCUUUUUUUUAAAUGUUGUUAUUUUGAAAACUUCUUCAAAACCAUUUUAAAAGAAUUGACAACUAUUUUUAUAGACUAAAGAAAGGCAGAUGUCUGCAAAUAAUUCCCCUCCAUCAGCCCAGAAGUCUGUGUUACCUGCAACUGUUUCUGCUGUGCUUCCAACACCUUCUCCGUGUUCAAGUCCCAAGACAGGACUCUCAGCUCGGCUCUCUAAUGGCAGUUUCAGUGCCCCGUCACUCACGAACUCUAGAGGCUCAGUGCAUACUAUUUCAUUUCUACUUCAGAUUGGCCUCACACGAGAGAGCGUUACCAUCGAAGCCCAGGAGCUGUCUUUGUCCGCUGUCAAAGACCUCGUGUGUUCCAUUGUCUAUCAGAAGUUUCCAGAGUGUGGAUUCUUUGGCAUGUAUGAUAAAAUUCUUCUCUUUCGCCACGACAUGAACUCGGAAAACAUUUUGCAGCUGAUUACCUCAGCAGAUGAAAUACGUGAAGGAGAUCUUGUAGAAGUUGUCCUGUCAGCUUUGGCCACAGUAGAAGACUUCCAGAUUCGCCCUCAUGCUCUCUAUGUACAUUCUUAUAAAGCACCUACUUUUUGUGAUUAUUGUGGUGAAAUGCUCUGGGGACUGGUACGUCAAGGAUUAAAAUGUGAAGGAUGUGGAUUAAAUUAUCAUAAGCGAUGUGCCUUCAAGAUUCCAAAUAACUGUAGUGGAGUAAGAAAGAGACGUCUGUCAAAUGUUUCUCUGCCAGGACCUGGCCUCUCAGUGCCGAGACCCUUGCAGCCUGAAUGUGUGCCCCUUCUCAGCGAAGAGUCACACACUCACCAAGAGCCAAGUAAGAGAAUUCCAUCCUGGAGUGGCCGUCCGAUCUGGAUGGAGAAGAUGGUCAUGUGCAGGGUCAAAGUUCCACACACAUUUGCUGUCCACUCUUAUGGUCGUCCAACAAUCUGUCAGUACUGCAAGCGGCUUCUGAAAGGCCUCUUUCGCCAAGGAAUGCAGUGUAAAGAUUGCAAAUUCAACUGCCAUAAACGCUGCGCAUCCAAAGUACCAAGAGACUGCCUUGGCGAGGUUACUUUCAAUGGAGAGCCUUCCAGUCUGGGAAAUGAUACAGAUAUACCAAUGGAUAUUGACAGUAAUGAUAUGAACAGCGAUGGCAGUCGAGGCUUGGAUGACUCAGAGGAGCCAUCUGCACCAGAAGACAAAAUGUUCUUCCUGGACCCCACUGAUCUUGAUGUGGAGCGGGAUGAGGAGACUGUUAAGACAAUCAGUCCAUCCACAAGCAAUAAUAUCCCAUUGAUGAGGGUUGUGCAGUCCAUCAAGCACACAAAGAGGAAGAGCAGCACAAUGGUGAAGGAAGGGUGGAUGGUCCACUACACCAGCAGGGAUAACCUGAGAAAGAGGCAUUAUUGGAGACUUGACAGCAAAUGUCUUACAUUGUUUCAAAAUGAAUCUGGGUCAAAAUAUUAUAAGGAAAUUCCACUUUCAGAAAUUCUGCGCAUAUCUUCACCACAAGAUUUCACCAGCAUUUCACAAGGCAGUAACCCACACUGUUUUGAAAUCAUCACUGAUACCAUGGUAUACUUUGUUGGUGAGAACAAUGGAGGCAGCUCUCAUAAUCCUGUUCUCGCUGCCACUGGAGUCGGACUUGAUGUAGCACAGAGCUGGGAAAAAGCAAUUCGACAGGCCCUCAUGCCGGUUACUCCUCAAGCAAGUGUUUGCACUUCUCCAGGUCAAGGAAAAGACCACAAAGAUCUGGCUACCAGUAUCUCUGUAUCAAACUGUCAGGUUCAGGAGAAUGUGGAUAUCAGCAGUGUUUACCAGAUCUUUGCAGACGAGGUGCUCGGUUCUGGCCAGUUUGGCAUUGUUUAUGGAGGAAAACACAGAAAGACUGGAAGGGAUGUGGCUAUUAAAGUAAUUGAUAAGAUGCGAUUCCCCACAAAGCAAGAAAGUCAGCUUCGGAAUGAAGUGGCUAUUUUACAGAAUCUCCACCAUCCUGGGAUUGUAAAUCUGGAAUGUAUGUUUGAAACCCCAGAACGAGUCUUCGUAGUGAUGGAAAAACUUCAUGGAGAUAUGUUGGAAAUGAUUCUGUCCAGUGAAAAAAGUCGACUUCCAGAACGAAUUACUAAAUUCAUGGUCACACAGAUACUUGUUGCCUUGAGGAAUCUACAUUUUAAGAAUAUUGUGCACUGUGAUUUAAAGCCCGAAAAUGUGCUUCUUGCAUCAGCAGAGCCAUUUCCUCAGGUAAAGUUGUGUGACUUUGGGUUUGCACGCAUCAUUGGUGAGAAGUCAUUCCGGAGGUCAGUGGUGGGAACUCCAGCCUACUUGGCCCCCGAGGUCCUCAGGAGCAAAGGUUACAACCGUUCUCUAGACAUGUGGUCAGUGGGAGUCAUCGUCUAUGUGAGCCUCAGUGGCACAUUUCCGUUCAACGAAGAUGAAGAUAUAAAUGACCAAAUCCAAAAUGCUGCAUUUAUGUACCCACCAAAUCCAUGGCGAGAAAUCUCCAGUGAAGCAAUUGAUUUGAUAAACAACUUGCUUCAAGUGAAGAUGAGAAAACGUUACAGUGUUGACAAAUCUCUUAGUCAUCCUUGGCUACAGGACUAUCAGACUUGGCUGGACCUCAGAGAAUUUGAAACUCGCAUUGGAGAACGUUACAUUACACACGAAAGUGACGAUGCUCGCUGGGAAAUACAUGCAUACACACACAACCUCGAAUAUCCAAAGCAUUUCAUUAUGGCCCCCAAUCCAGAUGAUAUGGAGGAAGAUCCUUAAUUAUCAGUGAGCUAACUUCAGUAAGGAAGGAUUCCAUUUCAAGAGCAGAUACUUUGCUGCAUAACUGUUUUUCUCUGCAGGCUACGUUGCAAGGAGGCAGAGUCAUGAGGAAAUAGUAUGACUUGGUGGCACUAGUACUGAAGCUCAUGAUGAGUAGGUACAUGAAGGGAAACUGAGUAAUAAAAUCACAUCAUGAAAUCAAAAUGAAACUUGUUAUAAAUUUUUGUAGCAUAAGCAAUAACUGGUUCUGCAAUUUUUUGCUAAUCCUUUACAUUAGCACAAUGUGAAUUAGCACUUAAUUUAUCCGUCCUUUGCUGUUUUUACAUCAUCUUUUCUAAAAGCCUAUGACUGUCUAGUUAUUGCUUAUAAGGUUGAUUACUCAGCGGGAUUGUAGUUAAGCAGUAACUAUGAGGCUAACAAUAUAUGGCUUUCUGCUGUUGGAGGCAUUCAUUCUUCCUGGAUCCCUAUAAACACAACACUGUACUGCUAACCUUUUGAGGGAUGUAUCUUUAAUUAUGGUCUCUAUAACAUAAAAGUUGUCACCUUUUCUAUGUUGCAGUAGCCACUAGGAUAAUUGGACAAUUGGAGUUACAAAAACGAAUCACCAAGCUCUGCCGCUGAACACCUAUGUUCUCAAUUGACACCAUCACGGUUUAAGCCAACAGUCAGUGUGUAUAGCUCUGUAUUUAACUACAUAAUUUAUCCUCACCUGGGGUUGAAUAAUUUAUAGGCAAAAUUAAAUACAUACUAAAAAGGAAAGCUAGUACAGGGUCACUAAAGGUCAUUAUACAUUAAGUAUUAUCUUUUCCUUCUUCCUUUAGCCUUUGGAUAGAAUUGCAGUUAUCUGAAAUUAGUGUUUUAUUUUGAGCGGUUUGGAGGAGUGGGUAAAGUCAGACAUGAAAGUUCAGUUUAUCAAGGUGGGACCACAUCACCAGUACAGCUUUGAAGGAGGAGUAAGAACACUUUACACGUCAGCCCCAGUGGCCAGCUCUUUUUGUAAUACUUAUUACUAUAGGUUCAGGAUCCCUGCUCUGAACUGUUGUAUACCAGAACAGUCUCGGUUUGCCAGAUACUGAAAUGUUUGCAGAGGCCGCUGGUUGAGCAUCCCUGACUCUUAAGCCUGAAAUCCUCCAAAAUCCAGAAACUUUAGAGUUCAGUAAACUUCACAUUUCCACAUUAGCAAUAUUCUAACCCGUGCUUUACCUAAAGGAUCCAGGACUAUCCUCUCAUUAGAAAAACAGUAGCUGCUGUUUGUUUUGUUUUUCUUUUUUUUUGUUUGUUUGUUUGUUUUUCUUUUUUUUUAUUUUUUUUUUUUCAUUCCUCAGUGGUCACCAAGAAUAGAUUUUUGUUGUUGUUUUUCCUUCCCUCUACUAAGAGCAAAAUUUGGAGUCAGAAAACCUGAGUUUAAGUCUUAGCAUCUAUUUUUUUAGGUCUGUUGGGCUGGGCAGGUGACAAUAGCUUCUCAGUCUGUAGAGUGGAGAUCAUAAACUGCUUCUCCUUACCUCGGUGUGGCUGUGGAGAUGGCAUGUGUGGACAUUCCGAAAAUCUGGAACGUCAGUGCUGUCAGUUACCCCUGACUGAGAUAGCAAAGGAAAUACUAUGUGGGAGCAGACCAAGACUGAGAGUGCCUUCAAGGAUGAGAAAGAGCUACAGGGAUCUAGCUAAAAUUUAAAAUGGCCUUGAAAAAGCAAAUCAUGUGGUGCCGGUGUUGUAAGUUUUUAUGCUUUAAAUGGACCUCACAGUAGCCACAUGGCUAAGUACAUUUAGAGAAGUUGAGGCACAAGGUUAGCUGUUAAAAUUCAUUGAAUUUUAAUAUGGAUUUAACCCAGGCCUGUGUCCCAAGUCCCGUUAACCAUCCCAGCCAUUGCUGAUGUACUGUACAUCUAUAAGUAUCUCCAGGGGACUAUCCACCCUCUCUCUGUAAUUGUUCUCAUACAGCAGUUGUGCUAGGUCUGUUUGACCAACAUGUACAAGAUGGAACUAUUUUGUGUCACCAGGCAACAUACUGUGGCUUACCUGUAAGGAGAAAGCUAACUGGAGUGACUGUUGUGUUGGCUGUACUUCUGUAAGCAGACUUUGCAAGCCGUGAAAUUCAUUGCACUCUUUGUUUUUGUUGAAGGCCUGUGCUGUCUAAAGAGAGAGCCUGCAAUAGUAUAGAGUUGAGUAACAACUAUUUUUUAGCCUACAUAACCGUUUGUCUUUGUCUUAAAGCCAAGUUGUGUUUGCAUAAAAGUAAUUGUUUCUUAGAAACGUGAUAAUUUUCAAAGUAGUGUAUAAUGACACUGUUUAGUACAUUUUAUAUUUUUUGUUACAUCCACUUUUUGUAAAUAUUCUCAAACUUGAUAAUAAAAUGUAUUUCUCUA